AUGUGGGUCUCUAUGGAUGUGACCAAGAGAUCAUCUAAACUUCCGCCACCUCACCCUUCAAUUGUGGGUGAAUCAUCUGGGACUAUUGUUGAGACCUUGUGGGUUGUGGUCGAGACCAAGGUGCUUGCUCCCAAGACCCCUGACUCUAUUGCACCGACCCUGUGGUGGUUGAGAUGCCAGUUCCUAUUUUUUGAGCUGGAGGAGUCCCUCAAUAUCGCUAAGCUUAAAGCUGAGCCCAAAGCCAAAAUUGAGAUCCGACCAUGGAAGAGUGAUCGGACUCCCACGCAAACAUCAUCUCCUAGUCCAAACCAAAUGACUCAAGUCUGCAAAGGGCGAACCGUUUGGAUCGGGAGGAAGCCAUCAGCCAUGAACUCGGCGGCGGUGCUCGGGGUGCUGCUCCCUUUCCCCUUCUACUACAUCUUGUGGAACUACCCGCAGGCGUGGGUUGACCUGUGUGGGAAGGGGGUCGAUCCCUCUCACCGGAUGGCUCAGAUCUCCCACGUUCUCAAAGCUAUUCAGUUCGUCUCCCUCUUUUCGGUCGCAAGCUUCUCCCGGCCGCCCUGGUACUGUCUCCUCCUCUUCCUGGUCGGCCAGUUCCUCAACUUCAAGGUGUAUCAGUUGCUUGGUGAGGCAGGCACUUACUAUGGUGUGCGUUUCGGCAAGAACUUGCCUUGGGUGACAGAAUUUCCUUUCGGAUACAUAAAGGACCCUCAAUACGUGGGAAGCAUCCUCAGUUUGGUUGCAUGUCUCUGCUGGGUUCCUUUGGCCUACAUUGUUCUUUGGAUUGUAGGGUAUCUCCUGAUGAUGCAGGUAGAAGCGAGUGAAGACUCAGCAACUAGAGCCAAGCCUCUUCACUGAUUUGCAAACCCAAAUCCAGUGCGCAAAAUUUUGGUCGGUACGUUUGAACGAUGUCUCUCCUAUGAUUUUUCGUAUUCCUUAUAACUGGAAAAUAACUCUAUUUAUUGACAAAUCUUCAUAAAGAAUAAUCUAUCACCUUUGCUUGAUGUAGAAAUCAGUUCAAUUAA